CAAAACAAACCCGAGAGAGCUUUAACAGCGUGCGGACUCCAUUGAAAAGGGAACGUUAUUAUCUCCAACACGGGAACACACACGAGGUCCCACACCGAGAGAAACGUGUGCGGGGGCGUCCUCAAAACCUGAAGCUUACCAAGAACCGCACCAGACCACAACAGACCAGACCUGACCAGGUUGAGCCCAAUUAUUCACAGUCUCCCUCUCCCCCUCCCCUGCAUCCACCAGCACUCUGCGAUUGUUUCCCUCAGCAGUAAUUUAUUGUGCUGAUCGGACAACCUCACACCACUGGGACUGGACAGGAGACCCAGAGGUUCCCACCACUGGAGCUCUAAGCUGUCCCUGGCAAUGCCUCAGGUAAGAGCCCAGCGUCAGUGGGAUGGAGCCUCCCUUUGGGGAUGCCUUUCAGAACUACUCGAUUGCUGACCAGGCUCUGACCAGCACUGAGCUGCUCGCCACCAGCUCUGACCCAGAUUUCAUGUACGAACUGGACAGAGACAUGAGCCACCAGCAGAGCCCCUGUGGGGACAGCAUUGUGGGGGUCGGGGAUGGAGGCAAGGAGGUUGAGGGUUGCGUGGACCAGCUAAUGGGUCUGGGUGAAUGUGAGACAGUCUGCAGCAGCUCGGCGUUCGAACAGUGGGACUCCUACUGGGAAGACCUCACCAGAUACACACGGCUGGCCAGCUGUGAUAUCUGGGGCACCAAAGAGGUGGACUUCCUCGGAUUGGAUGACUUCUCCAGUCCUUACCAGGACGAGGAGGUGAUUGGUCGAACUCCGACGCUGGCUCAGCUCAACAGCGAGGACUCACAGCCUGUGGGUGAGACGCUCUACCCUCCCGCUGACCUGAGCUUGCCCCAGACUCAGUCGUCCCAGCUUCCCUGUCACAGUAAGACUCUCCUGGUCCCCGGCCAAGGAUCAGGCCCCGGCUCUGUUCAGCCUUCACCGAGCUCCACAUCCUCUUCCCGUCCUUCGCGCAGCCUUCUCCCGGACUUUCCUGAAGGCUCCCAAAGAGCAACCAGACCUGUUCCUUCCAGCACUGAGACUAUGGCUAAGACUCAGAGCCACCUCAGUCUCACCCAGGACCAUGGUCAUGCUCAAAUAAAGCCCAUGGUGCGUGGAACCAAAAUGGGAGCCCCAACUUCCUACAGCUCUGACUUUGUGCGCAAGGCUAAAGUCCGUGUCAGUGCUGUACAUAAGACCCAAGCGGACAUGCCUCCCCAGACGGAUUUUGAGAGGUCAGAUCCCACUCUACCUCUCUCCCAGCCUCGAGAUGAGAAAGCCUCUACUUCAGCAAGUGCCGCCUUAGUGGGACUUCCUGGUGCUGCCGCCGCCAGCUGUUCGGGCAGCCUGACGAGCUUUGAAAGGAGAGUAGAGGGGACAGCGAGGAGAGAGAUGCCUGUAGGCCGGUCUGCCACUGUGCCUCAGCUGGUUGAGGCGAGCCAGGCUCUGGAGACCAGCACCUCUGGGCUGGUGAUCAGCGAUGGUAUUUGCAGCGGGGCUGGCAGUCUUUUGGUUGUUGAGGGUACGGAGAAGACCAAGGAAGAGGAGCACAACUACUCUCUCUUCAUGACCCGCAGCAGACUGGGCAGCAGAGGCCACCCCCAGACAGAGGAAGAGGAGGAAGAGGACGAGGAGGAUGAGGAAGAGGCAGAGGAAGAGGAAGGAGAUGGGUUGGAGCUAGAAGACGAAGACCACGAUGAGGGUUUUGGCAGUGAGCAUGAGCUGUCUGAGAAUGAAGAGGAGGAAGAAGAGGAGGAGGACGAAGACUACGAAGCAGACAAGGACGAUGACAUGAGUGACGCCUUCUCUGAGCCAGGCUGUGACAUGGAGCUGAUGGAGGACAUUAAAGGGCUCACAGCAGGAGUCUCCAGCCGAAAGAGAGGAAAGCGCCGCUACUUCUGGGAGUACAGCGAGCAGCUCACCCCCUCCAAACAGGAACGCAUGCUCAAGCCGUCCGAGUGGGACAGACACACGCUGCCUAGCAACCUGUACCAGAAGAACGGGCCUCUCCACGGAAAAUACAUGCUGAAGAAGUCUCGACGCACAGAUGUGGAAGACUUGACUCCUAAUCCACGCAAGCUGCUGCAGAUUGGCACAGAGCUUCGUAAACUGAACAAGGUGAUCAGCGACUUGACUCCUGUGAGCGAGCUGCCACUGACUGCACGGCCACGCUCUCGCAAGGAGAAAAACAAGCUGGCCUCCAGAGCUUGCCGUUUAAAAAAGAAAGCCCAAUACGAAGCAAAUAAAGUGAAGCUCUGGGGACUCAGCACAGAGUACGACCGGCUGUUGUUUGUGAUCAACGCCAUCAAGGAGGAGAUAGUGGAGCGAGUGGAGGACUCUUCUCCGCGUCCAACCAACAUGUCUGACACUCUGGAGAGACUCAUAAAGGAGACACUUGUGCCAUCACCUGUUGCUGGGCAGACUUCAGACUUCGUCAACAAGAUCUUGGAGAACACAGGACGCGGCGAUCCCACCGGCGGACUGGUCGGCCUGCGAGUCCCCACCUCCAAAAUCUAGACAGGCCGCCUUCCACUGAGAGCAGUGGACUCAGUAUUACGAUCGUGCUGUCCUGUUGUAACUAUGCUCCCCUCUGCAUGCCCCUACAACCCAGACUUUCAUGCACAUUGUUAGUCACACAAACACACAUACCACUUCCUGUGUGUAGGUAUGUGUGCUUGUUUUUGCCAUGCCACCUGUAUGGCAUACACCCUAGCUUUCUGGCUCUGCACACUGCGUGCAGAGUCAGCGCAUCACAGUUCUCCCAACUCAUUGUGAACGUCCGUUGGGGGGGAAAAGCGCCUCUAAAAGCAAGUGAUGGUUAGGUGUAUAGCUAAUAGCACGUCCUAAAUCCACUGGUGAUGAUUAGAUGUGUUUAACAUAGCAUUGUGUAGGGUUGUUUCUGUUGGAGGCUGAGACAAACAGCCGCAUGAGCGUAACCACUGGAAUACUUUCACACGUUUGUUUGAGGUUGUAGUGACAAAGGACGAAUUUACAUGAAAAAGUUCCAGUUAUCAUUUCUCAGAAGACUUUCACCUCACAUGGCAACAAAAGUGGACUUGAGGUUGUCAAAUUAACCCAAUCGAGUAAAGCACCUUGAUGAAAAUGGCCUUGUAAGCUGCAGUGGAAAAAAGCGGCUUGUUCCGAGGCGUUACGGGGUGGCAAGAAAUAUUUUGUAUUGAAGGCCUAAAUAUGUUCAUGCCAUCCCUGCGAAACAAUAAAGCUGAAAGUUAUCAUUAGAGCUUUUAUUAAGCGAGAGGCAUCCUGCUGGUUUGAAACUCGUUCCAGGCAGGAGGAAGCUUAACGGCUCAUAGUUGACCAUGUGAAGAGGAAGCGCAUGUAGCAUGGUGCUUUUUGGCCUUGUGCUGGUUAUAACUGGACUGCGUGGAACAGACCAGUGUGGGAUCAGACAGAAAGUGAGGAAGAUGAUGAUGGUGGUGCUGUUGGCGGUGAUAGAGAUGACAUAAACAGUGAUCCAUCUCCUCCAGGAAACUGUAAAUAACUGUCUCCCAGCGAACGGCACCGGCUUCCCUUUUUUGUACAGUAGAGACGACCAGGCAGUUUGGUGUGUUCAUACUAGUGUUUGAUCAGAGUUCUAUUCAUUGUGCCUUGUGUAUGUAUGUGUGUGUGUGUGUGCGCGCGCGUCUCCGUAAGAGCGAGUGAGUGUGAGCGGGGCUGAACGAGGAGAGGUGAUCGGCCAGAACUCCCAGCCUAGGAAAGGACUACUUAUAGCGAGUGCGAUGAGGGACACGCUGGUGGGGUUUGUUGUGUCUUUCAGCUGUUUCGAAGAUAUUCUGAAUGUACAUAAACAAAUGGAAGCUCUUGUCGCGUGAUGCCACAGAGUCUGUGUAUAUAGGAGGGCUCUGCAAUAGAUUACUUUUGGUUUUUGGUACUUUCGUCUUUGGGGAUUUUGGGGGGGGUUUAAGGAUGACAGAUAUUUUUCUUUUAGAGUUACAAAAAAAUAUUUGCACACUAUCUUUUGAUUAUGUUUUGUACCAAAGACACAUGCAACGAAAUGGCGACCAGCCAGUUAAAGUAAGGUUUUGCACAGCUUACCUGACGCCGUAUUGAAUGUAAGAUUUGUGGGAGGGUCAGGGAACUUCAUAGAACUGUGAAAUUAGCUUGGGUCCAAUUCUGUACAGAAAAGGAACAUUCAUUUGCUUCUUCUUCUUCUUCUUCUUAUUUUUUUGAAUCUAAAAUUGAACCCCUCUGUUGGCUUCUCCAGUAGAUUUAUUGCUUAAGGAAGCCCUUCAUUCCUGAACUGAUUCCUCCCUCCACCUGCUCAUUGUGUUAAUGGCGCUAGCUAGGAUGAAUACCAAGAGUGCUACUAGAUAAGCUAUGUUACAAUUUUCUUUUCUUCUUCUUCUUUUUUUUUUUUUUGCUUGUUAAAAUUUCUCAAACAGUAACCAAAAUCUUAUGUUCCUGUAUCACUUGUUUGAUUUCUGUAUGUAGAUGAGGUCUAUAGACAAAUAUAUUAACUGAAUAUUGUACAUAGAAACAUUAAUGAUAUAUCUAUGAAUGGUCAAACGCCACUUUUCAUGACAAUUGAUUCAUUUUUAAGCAUGACACAUUUCUAAAGCCUAUCCUUGCUUUGAGAAAGUUAGAGUAAACAACAAAAAACCCAACACAAAAACCAAAAAAAACAUGCUCUUGUUAUAUUUUUGUAUUUUAGCUGCCUGCUAGAUUUCCUGUUGGUUUGGGAGUGUUUGUUGGUCAGAGGUGGAGGUGUUUGGCUGAUGGUUUGAUCUAUAAGCUCCACCCUUUCUGUUAUUCUUAGCUGGCUGAUUUGAAAUACAGAGAAUCAAGACUGGAUUUAUAUAAAACACAAUGCCGCGAAGUGCUGGUCUACUUUGAGUGGUCUGUGAGGGGGAACGUUGAAGUGCCGCUGUUGGCGGUUCUAGCAUGAGGGCAGAUAAGGAGCGAGAUACAGUGUUGUGUCAGAUGGUGUAAGAAAGCCAGAGCCAUCUGAGUGUGGCUGAUCUGGAUUCAGCGCUGUCGUUUAGAUUUUCAUGCAUACAGCAGCGUGCAAAAGUCUCGGCGAAGAUGAUCUAAACAAACAAAAAAAAGACGAGCAAUGUAAAGCACUCUAAGCUUUAAAAAUGAAACAUUGCUACAAUCAUGCAAAUUAAUAGUCUACAUAUAAUACUCGGAAUCAGUGUAACAACAAUUAAAAAAGAUCUGGUUGACACUCAUUUUUACUCCAAGCGGCAUCAUUACUGCCACCCACUAAGCUGAAGUAGAUUUAUCUGGUCGCCUUUUUUGCUGAGGAAAUUCAGCCCUAAUAAGAAAGAAAAUACACUUAUCAGGCUACAAUAUUGGUCAGCUUCACCUUUUGGUGUCAUUUUGAUAUAAGAGGAAAAUAAAAAGAUAAUCAUUCCAUCUUUAACUUUAUGCCUUUUCAUAUUAGUCCGCUAUACAGAGUAAAACUUGCCCAGACUUUUGCAUGCUGUUGUAUUCUGUCUUGAAGCAUGAAGCUGCUUGAAUUGUGUAUUUUCCUGAGAUUGUCGUCGCUGCCUCUGGCCUUGCUUUGCUGAAUUGAAUCUCCAUUAGUCAUAUCCUUCCUGACUGGUCACAGACAUAAAGAAUAACUUUGGUUACCAGUUAUGGUAAAGUCCUUUAAGGAGAUGCUACCUAUUCUGGGAAUGUUUCACAAUUCAAGCAGAAUUGAUUUAUUUGGAGGUCAUAUUAAAACGAGAAAAAUGUGAAUUUGACAAAGCUGAAUUCAGACUGGCGUGACGUGAGUCUGCUGAUGAUAAAGUUUGUGUUGUGUGACUGAAUAACAGCUAGUGCUACACACACACACAUAUAUUUUUUACUGUUUUCCGUUCCGUCUAAAAAGGGAGAAAUGGUGCUUUUUCUGAAACUAGAAUGACGAGUAUCCAUGAUUCAUAUUUGAUUCUUAGACUAGUUGUAGCCUAAUGACUUGCUCCCCUUACCGUCCAUAGCUAUUUUCUUAGUAGUGAUUCAGUUUUGUAAAUAAACUAUAAGUUAAUAUGUAUCUUCUAAAUGUUAAAUAUAUGUAUAGAAUACUCUAUCUUAUAUGUUUAAAAAAAACGAAAGCACUUUGUCCAAAAAAGAAAAAAAAAAAACAAAACAAAAAGAAAAGAAAAGAAAAGCAUUUUUUUCUCUUCCAUUUGCUGCUAAAUGGCCUGGCGUGAAUGCUGCAAGUGUACUUGACGACUACUUGCUUGGAUAGGUCUAUUGCCUGACUCUGCUAGGUCUGUAAACUAGCGAGGGGCAGGUGUACGACCUGACGAGGGUUAGAUCUACACAUUUCUGGAGCCAUGACAUGAUAUGAGCGCACAAGAGCGUACCAUUGCAUGGCUUUGGGAAGCCCAGUGUCUUGACAGGAUAGGUCUAUUUCCUGGUCAGGGACCGAGUGAAAGUAUGUUUGUGGUCUUAAAAGAAAACAAAAAUUAUAAAAAAAAAAACGAAAAAAAAAAAACAAGAGGGUUUUGAUUCCAGGGCCCCUACGUUGAUCUUGAUGCUGACCCCCUUGGCGUCACGAUUCAUUUGCCUUCAGUAGAGGUUUCCUAUGGAAAAACUGAUUCUGCUUUGGCUUCCUCUUCAGGGUGAUGUACAGUGUAGACACAUUUCUUCAGAGAGCUAUAUUGUUAUCAUUUGUAAACUGAUUUCUACUUGUGACUUAUUGAGGAGGAGGGUUUAGCCUGGGGCGGCCAGGAAGAGCUUGUUUGAAAGACGUUGUUCCCGGCCGCCUUGGGGGAAGUUACUAUAUCACUGUACUGUAUGGCAAGCCAAUUACAAAUGGAGACUCAAUCCGGACACUUAUUGCCUUCUUAAAUAACUUUUCACACACAAACAAAAAUAACAACACGGCAGACAAGUCGGCUGCCCAGAGUGGCGUGCCUGACAUUGUUCUGCCGAUAUGGUCAACAACAACAACAAAUCAAUUCAGCCUGACUGGCUCAAAACAACCUUGACUAAAGUAGCAGACGUGGUGAAAUGUAUCUGAAAGGAAAUGACUCCAAAGGUUUGAACUGCUUUGGAAGCGAUGCUUUCGGGUAUAAUUUCAUCCAGGUCUGGCAAGGGGUCAACAGUGGUUGAAGGGCCGCUGGUUGACGGCCGGCUGACAAGAGGAGCGUGCGUGUGUUUUGCUGUCGAUCACAAGGCUGGUUACAAGAAAGAGUCCUCACAGGUUUUUACAUUUAACAGAAUAGGCGCAAGCUGUGCAACUUUACAUUCAAACCAGGAGACUCUGUGGCAUUUUAACAGUCAAUGAAAUGAGUGAAAAUCCACGCCAGUAAAACUAUUCCUUUUAUUCUUUUCUGUUUUUUUUUUAUUUUUUAUUUCUGAUUACAUAAAUCCUAUACAGUCAAAUAUUAAGCUAAUAGAGUGUGUAACUUUGUGCUACUCUUGUCCAAUAAAAGCUACGUGGAUCCAUAAAGCUCUUCUUCAGCAAAUCAGGGUAAUAUCGUUCUUCUAUCUGACAUAUGUGAUGACAUAUAAAAAUCAAAAGAAAGUAUAUUUAUGUAUUCCAAUUAUUGUCGCCAUUCUUUACUCUGUACAAAAUAUUGUGCGUACUGUAUGUGUGUGUGCGUGUGAGAGAGUGUGUGUGUGUGUUAUGAAUCGUUAAUGUCAAUCACUAUGGUGCAAUGCUCUAUAAAAGUUAAAAGCAAAGGCCAACAGACUUGUUACAAAAAAACUCACAAAAUGUCACAGUUUUGUCCAAAUUUGGUCUUCUUGCAAACACAAUCUGCAGCAUCUUCCUCUCUGAAUGGUUUCCACUCUGAUUUCCAGUCGUGAUCCAGCUGGGGUUUGUCACAUGGUGCUGAUUACGCCUUGUUGUCCCGAGAAAUGCUACGAGGAUUUAUAAAUAAACAAAAAAAAAAAAGGCACCCGUAUUCAGAUGUGCUUACAGAAAACACUCUCCGUGUGACCAUUUCAUUCAGUGUAACUAUGAUCAGAUCAGACUUCUGCCCAGAUCACUUUCACUGACUCACUGUCGGACCAAUCAGAGGAAGAGUUGUACUGUUUCUUGUUUAAAACAACAACAACACAGUUUCUGUGCUGUUGACUUGUAUGAUCGUUAUUGUUAAGCGUACCAAUACUUUUUUGUAAAAGCCAGUCUCACGGAUUUGAUACCACCGCUCAAAGCCACAGAGGUUCUGUAAAAGAUCACGUGGAUGUAGCUUCAUUCAGAAAGAGCAGUUUUGAAUGAGUGCAAUUAAGUGCAUACAAGUGCUCUUGAGACGGUUUUUAUAGAGUAAUGCUUUGUUUUACAGUGUGUAAUAAUUUCCCGAAAAAAUGUCCAGUAAGUUUUCUCCAGUACAGCUUUGUGUAAUUUGGUGCUAAUUCAGGAGAAAGUAUUGAAAUCAUAAACUUCCAGUUAUAUUAAUUGGAGUCCAGCAUGUCAGCUCAAUGUGCCAUUUACCUAUAGCCAGAAUUAUAAACAGUGAUUAUUUACUUGGACAGUUUGUCUACAUGUAAACCCUUUUUUUUUUUUUCGGUUUUGCUUCAUGCUCAUCGUCUCGGUUUAUUGGCUGCAGUAGAUGGCUGUCUGCUGCAGCCAACAACCGGUAGAGACCAAAACAGAGCUACAAGGACAGUCAUGUGACCAGUUUUUCUUUUUUUUGUUUUUUAAAAAAGAUCUUACUGUUCCCCUUUAUUGGUACCAAAGUACAUAUGGUACUUGUUUCCAGGAAGCUUCUUACCCUGUAAAAUAGACAUUACCAAAAAAAUCAUCACAGGAAUAAAAAUGUUAAAUGACCUAACCUCGGGCUAGCUGUGCUGUCAGGUCUAAGAGUCUGGCUUUGAGGGUUUUUUGUGUUUUGUUUUUUGGCAUUUCAAAUGUAUAUCCUGUCUUGUUUGAACCCUUGUUGCUUGUACAAACAAAAACAUGUACUACUACCCUCCACAUUUUCCCCCCAAAUGAGAACGCAGCUGUCUCUGCAUGGCGAUUCCCUGCAUAGCGCUGAGAGAAUCAAGUCUGUGAGUUCCUCGCAGAUUGGGAAGAAUUCAGGAAAGGGUCUUCAUUGUCACAAAGUUGUUGCAUGGCUUUUUGGGCUCUCUGUACGCUCUGUUGUAUGAUUUCAUACUUGCUGCUAUUGAAUGAGCACAAAGAGACAUCAGAUUUUGGUUUAGGGUGUCCGUAUCACAGUUACAGUAUAUUUAUACCACACAUACCUGUUGGGGUUUUUCUUUUGUUUGGUUGGUUUUUUUUGUCCCCCCAAUCUUUCUUUUUUCCCUCCCCGUGGCAGUUAAAAGACCAACAGCAUUACUCACCUUGCACUUGGUUUGUACACUUAGAAGGAAAAAAAAAUAUUUUGAAUAUGAUGCCUGCUGAACCAGGUGCCUUAAUCAGUUAUAUGAGAACACAAAUCUGCACCUUCUGUCAGUCUGGAGGGGGUUUCCCUACAGAAACCAGGGACUGGGUUUCCCAAAACCUAAACUUGAAGUUCAAUAAUGAAAUGAAAACCUCAUCUGAACCCUAAAUCAGUGCAUUUUAUAGAAUAGUCAACCUAAGAGGCAGAUGAGAGCCGUUAGUCGUGUCUCGAUUGUAGAAUAGCCUUGCUGAAGAAGAGCAGAAAAGACAACCUGUAAAUUGAAUUGUUUUGGGAAACCUGGUUCUGUUUUGAACUCUUUCUCUGCCCACUAUGCCACGUUAUCGUGUAUUCUGCAUUGGCUGCUGCUGCUAUCACCGCUGGUGUGUCCGCGUAGAGAAGAGCAAACUUCCACUGUGUCUGAGACAGAGGGAGACUUAGGCCUGCUUUUUACCUAGACAAUUACAAUGCAUUCUUCUUCUUCUAAGGUUUCGACACGGAGCACUCUGUUGCUACCUUUUGAGACCUUGUCGAGACAGGGAAAAAAAGAAAGAUCCCAAAUAAACGCGAACUUUCCAUUUCUUAACUUUGCUAUUAUGAAGUGCCAGACCCUCCUUGAAGUCAGUGUUGGCACUGAGUCGCAGGUUGCGAAUGAAGCGACAAACUGAGCAUGGAGGUACACUGUGGUGCUAAUCUGUCAGUGGCUGGGUGCUAACAUGGCUGUGUUAAAUAGCUGUAUUAGCCAUAUUAUUCCUUCUGUUGAUGACUCUGGUCAGUCUUGUGUUUCUGACUUCUGACCUGCUGUAUGCUGAUAUAGCGAGGUAUAAUUCUGCUGCUGCUGCUUUGCUGAUGAAUGUAGACUAGUCUUCCUCAGCAGGAUCAUACAGACAGACGAGUGUUUGGCAGAGCUUUUCCUGUUGUCUCAACAGAGGGAGACUCUUUGUCAUCAGGAUCCAGAAAGAUCAAGAAUGUUGUAUCUUUUAAUGGCUGCUGUCCUGCUUGUGUGUUUCAAUCUUUUUUUUUUAUUAUUAUUAAUAUUAUGGUUUGAUAUUUAUGCUCUGACUCUAUCAAAUGUUGCACUUUUUUCCCUAAAUUAUAUUUUAUUGUCAUCUUCUCUGAUCCCAGUGUUCUUGCCAUUUCUUUAUUUAUUUGUUUGGUCCUUUAAUUUAACAAUGCAAGGAGACAAUGAUUGGAGCUAGACUUUAAAGCUUUCCACUAAAGCAGUCUUUACCACAAGUCAGAGACUUGUCAUGAGAUUCACAGAUCUUAAUCAAAGUCACAAUGAAACUAGAAACUGUUCAUACAAAAAUUAUAUAUAUUUAUUUUUUGACAAAGAUCUAAUUAGUAUAGAAGAGAAUUAGGACCACUGGAAAAAAUCUUCAAGUUUUGACUGAAAAAAAAAGAAAAAGUCCCCCCCCCCCCAAAAAAAAGGCUGAAAUCUGAGAUUAAAAUCAAAAUCAUGAGAAAAAAGUCUGGAAAAAAAAAACUGGGAAGUAAAUCUCAAUUUUUCCCCUCUUUUCUGUACAUACCUGUAAUAGCAUCUAGAGAUGUAAAUGUCAUUAACUAAUGCUCAGAGAUAAAUAAACUGAGCUCACCUAUCACAAAUUGGAAAAUAGACACUUUAACAUAACGAUUACAAACUUUAAAAAAGUCAAAUGUGAAUCCAACUAAAAUUAAGGAAUUGUCCUGUAUUAGUUAUUACUUACAAAUAUUUACUCUUUUUGUGCAAAUAGAGUUAUGAUUGGUGUGACUGAGCUUCAUGAGGUAUUCUCUGCUGACAUGUACCCAGACAUCCUCUUGCAUAAUAGUCUAAUAAUGACUCCCUCCAUUAAAGGAGCAUUGCAACCAUUUUUAAGUUGUAGAUGAUUUGUUUUCUUACUAUAACUUGGCUGAGAAGUUUGAUGUCACUGCAGCCAGCAGCCAGUUAGCACAAAUACUGGAAACGGGAGACAAAGUAGGGCGGUUCUGCCAGUACUUUAUAGUCACAAAUGCACGUUUGUUUUUUUGUAGGUGAUAUAGAUAUAUAUGGGGACUCUCUUUUGGCCAGGCAACCAAAAGAGACUUCAGAUGUUUGCUGUGAUGAGAGAUGGAGACUUAAAAUGAAACUUUAAGCAGAUGUAAGACUGAAGGUGGUCUAAUGAGAUAAAAAUAAUUCAUUAUUUUCUAAGUAAACAGGUCCAAGUCAGACUACAGUUUCAUUGUGAGUUUGAAUUAUCGCUGUCUGUGGGGCCCAUGAAGCGGAAGUUUAAUAAGUCCUGAGAAAAGCUCGGUGGGUCACCAGACUGAACCUUGCCUUCAGGUGACUCUUUGGUCAUGACUCUGGGCUGAGGUUCAGGUGCUCCACCGUCACGGAGCUGAGGUCAGGAGUUGGCUUGCUUGCGGUCUCUAACUUUUGGUGGGGAAAAUUUAGUUUUAAGGAAGUAAAACUUUACCACUGCGCCAGAGAUGUUUUGCCCCUUCUAGGUGCUUUUUUAAUUUUAAUUUUUUUUUUAGAAGGGCUUUGGUUCGCAGUUGUCUUGUCAGGGAACCCCUGAGAUUAGCCAGGGGCCACUAAAGGCUGGUGGGCAGAGACCCCUCACCUUCCCCUUUGCAAUGAAUGAUGGGGAAGGGUUAAUCUCCUCUUCCGGCAGACUGAUUCAAGCAAACAACCAUCCACACUUAAUAAUAAUAAUAAAAAAGAAAACCCCUCUUUCUAUUUCUACACACGUCCAACUCAUCAUCCAAACACUGCAAUGAUUUACAUCUCCUUCCAGACUUGCCAAAAUGCAUGGAGCAAGAGACAUUUACCGAAAAAAGACGGCAUUUAUCUUAAAGCAUCUGUUUGGUUACUAUUCUCUCUUUAUAAAUUUUAAUAAUGACAGACAGACGGAGGAUUAUAAUAGGAAAUCCAUACAAGUCCAAACAUGUAGAGGAUGUGGAAGGUAUCGGCCAUACUGAGCUCCACAGCUACAUGCCAUUGUUACGAUGCUUCUGGUCUUGUAUGGUAUUUGACUCGAUCAACAGCAUGGGAUCUUUCUGUAGUUAGUCCUGUGUGUGUUCCUCUCCCCAGUCUCAGUAGGAGGGCUGUACUUCAUUGCUAAGUGCUCUAUAAUAGAUCUCUUGGUGAUUAUAAUUUCAUAAAGAAGCAAAACCUGCAGAAAAAGUGUAUCCUGCUGAAACUAACUUGAUCCUCUCUUUAGCAAUGACGUCUAUAUUUGUAGUUCACAUAUAUGCCUGUUCAAAUACAAUAUCUUGACAGUUGUUAUAUUUAUGUUGUGUAAUAAAUGUUGUGCUGGGUUUAUACUUUUGUUUUGACUAACUUUUUGUUUAACGUUGUAUUUUUAUUUUUUAUUUUUUCUCUUCUUGGAGGCACAGUGGGUGGCUUUAUGCACAGGCAUGGAAAAGUAAAAGACCUUUAUUUUAUUAUUAUUAUUUUUUGGUUUGUACUGUAACAGCCCGAUUCUCUUUCAGAGCUUCUGACAGUUUUUGUCUCUGGCUGCUCGACAUUCUGCAGACACCUGCCCUGAAUCUCUGUUGUGUUAUUGUGCCUCUCUCUUUAUUUUCUGUUCUUCUUCUUCUUCUUCUUUUUUUUUUUUUUUUAAUCGUUUUUCUCUGUUGUAUCAACCAGGAGUUGGUACCACAGCUCUGCUUGUAACCACGUUAGUCUGAUUAUGUUUAUUGAUUUUAAUAUCAAAACAAUAAAACCAUUAGCACCCCA